GCCUGCCCUUUCUGCCCCUGCCUUCCUGGGGAGGGUCUCCGCUGCCUGUCUCUGCCUUGAGGAUGGGGCGCCCAGAGAGCGGCGCCGGUUGAAGGAGGAGGAAGAGGAGGAGAGGGUCCUUCCUCUCUCUCUGGGUCUCUCUGGGUCCAAGGCAUGGCUCUGAGCUCCCGCGCCCACGCCUUCUCGGUGGAGGCCUUGGUGGGCAACCCUGGGGCCAAGAGGAAGAAGGUCUGGGGGCUCCACCAAGAAGAGACCCUCCUCGCCCCGGACAAGGCGGCGGCAGUCUUCGCCAAGAACCAGGGCCCCGAGAAGAAAUCCAAAGGAGAAAAGGCACUUUCUCUUCCUGGGGAGACCAAGCAAGGAGAGAUCCAAGUGGAUUUGCAAGGCUCAGAAUUGUGGAAGAGGUUUCACGAAAUUGGGACAGAGAUGAUCAUCACCAAAGCUGGAAGGAGGAUGUUUCCAUCAGUCCGAGUCAAAGUGAAAGGUCUGGACCCAGUGAAACAGUAUUAUAUCGCCAUCGACGUCGUCCCUGUGGACUCCAAGAGAUACAGGUAUGUCUACCACAGUUCCCAGUGGAUGGUGGCUGGAAACACAGACCACUCUUGCAUCACCCCUCGCCUUUACAUCCACCCAGAUUCCCCCUGCUCUGGAGAGACCUGGAUGCGGCAGAUCAUCAGCUUCGACCGGGUCAAGCUGACCAACAAUGAGAUGGACGACAAAGGGCAUGUAGGUAUUAUUCUGCAAUCUAUGCAUAAAUACAAGCCCCGCGUCCAUGUUAUUGUCCAGGAUUCUCGGUUUGAUCUCUCCCAGAUCCAGUCUCUGCCAGCCACAGGGGUUCAAACCUUCUCAUUUAAAGAAACAGAAUUCACCACUGUCACAGCCUAUCAAAACCAGCAGAUAACAAAACUCAAGAUAGACCGGAAUCCCUUUGCGAAAGGAUUUAGAGACCCUGGAAGAAACAGAGGAGUCUUGGAUGGGCUUCUGGAAUCAUAUCCGUGGAGACCAUCACUUACUCUGGAUUUUAAGUCCUUUGGUGCAGAAAGUCAAAGUGGAAGUCCUGGAUCUUCCCCCAUGACACCCACCGGGGGCACCCCAUCUCCCCUCAGCUCUCUCCUUUCCCCUUCCUGUUCUCCUCCAACAUUUCACCUUUCUGCGGCCAAUCUGGGAGUACCGUGCCCUGACUCUUACCUCCACCAUCUUGGUCUACCCAUCUGCUACAAGAUUUGUCCCGCCAGCCUUUUGAGACAGCAGUCGCUAAUGUUCCCGAGCCACCACAAACUGGGAAGCUCCAGCAGCCCUCCCCUUUUGCCUCACUUCAUGGUGGAGGUGCCCACGUUGUCUUCUCUGAGCAUCGCCAAUGUCAAAAGUGGCAAGGCAGAAGACUUAAGCAGACCGAGUUCCCAAGGGCCUAGUUCUGCAAGUCAGAUGCUGUAUGGUUUGCACGCACCUGGGAACAUUUUCUCGUCAGGUCCCAUUACCCAAGAAGCCCUGAACUGUGCCCUGCAUCCGCCAUAUGGCUUCUAUGGUUACAACUUCUCAGUGCCUUCUAGACUGAUGAAUUCAGCAGGCCCCUUCAAAGUCAACGACAGCAUCCCAUCCCCACUCCGAGAAAGCAGGUGCAGCCAUUCUCCUUGGUCCUCCACAGUUAACCAUUGCCUUUAAUGGGCCUCCUGGCUUAUUGCAGGCAGUGAUGUGCAAAGUGACAGGUGGUGCUUAGUGCUGACUCUUCACCAAGGAUUGGCGCAUUGCUCACCAUGGAACAUUCCCAACAUGAUGAACUGGGACCAGAUAUCUGUCUCAGAUUGUUCACUCUGUACAGUGUUAAUGAAAUAGACAGUUGCAGCCAAAGGUAUCCAUCCAUUCUACUGGCAGAAUGAAUGGAUUCUCCUCCUUCUGUAACUCCAAGGGUACCCUUAAUGGCUGGUGGUUUCUAUGUCAGCAGGGCAGUGAAUCUGCUUUGGGUUUCAGUCUGAAUUU